AUGGUGAUGGUGGCGGCUCUUGCUCUGGUGGCCAUGGCCGCACGGCUUGCCCAUGCCGUGGCGGAUGACCCCAAGAAGGUGGACAAGUGGUUCAAUAGGCUUAGCCACGCUGAGCGUAAGACCACACGCCUCCGCUUCUACUUCCACGACACGGUCUCAGGCAAGAGUCCCACAGCAGCGCGCAUUGCUGAAGCCACGAUGACCAAGAAGUCCCCGACACUAUUCGGGGUGGUCUUCAUGAUCGACGACCCGUUGACCGAGGGACCCGAGCCAGAGUCCCCCCUUGUGGGCCGGGCUCAAGGGUUCUAUGGCUCAGCUGGGCUGGAGUCACUGAGCCUACUCAUGAACAUCAACCUCGUAUUCACGAGUCCGGAGUAUAAUGGCAGCACUCUGAGCAUAAUGGGCCACAACCCGACAUAUGAGACCUACCGGGAGAUGCCCAUCGUCGGCGGGACUGGCUUUUUCAGGUUGGCGAGCGGAGUCGCAACGGCAAAGACAUACUUUCUCAACCUCACCACCUUUGAUGCGGUAGUUGAAUACAAUGUAAUAGCUAUGCAUUACUAGACAUUAAUUGGACAAGUCAUGGCUAAUGUCGUUGUCCAUUUUUCUUUUCUUUUGACCUUUGACUUUGUGGGAUCCAAAGGUUGUUUACGGCGUAAUU